AGCCCAUUCAUGAAGAUGAAGUCAUCAGACUUCUCAAACAUUAUUGAAGUAGCCAUAGAGCGGUCUAAAGUUGUCGUAUUAUUCGUCGAGGAGACCUUUUCCACGGAAGACAUAAGUAUUAAAGAUAAAAUCGGCUCCCCCUUCUACCAUUUAGAUCAAGAGUUGAGGGAGAAAAAAGCUACCUACCUCCCAUCUGUGAGCCAAGCGUUUAAGACGCUAAAAAGUCAUCUGCAGCCAUUAGCGAGUUAUGUGUUUUAUUUGAGCGAUUCGAGUUCCAAACUGCGGAUUUACGAUAAAAACUUGAGGCACUUUUAUAUCUAUUUUAAAGAUGGUGCGAACGAGACGCGGUCGUCCGCGUUGAGGCGUCACGAUUUGCUUAUGCAGGAAGUAUAUUUGGUCGUUCGUCAGAUCGCUGCCGGCCCAGUGGUGGCGUUUUAUACUGGCAAAGUUAACCCGGUUGUUGUGGAAACAUUGAAGUUGGUGCCCACCAAAACGGAGAAUGUUAGGCCCCAUCCAGGAGUCACGAUUUUUAGCAGCGGAGCACUUUUUAAAUUUAUUGGUGUCUACGCGUCGAUAGGCUUACGUCGAUCCAUGUUCAGCCAAAUUCCUGUAGUCGCAGAGGAGUCUUGGGACGAGCGUGGACUUACAACUCGAAUGACCUACACAGACUUCGAACUGGAAUUCUCUUUUGGAUUCAAAGAAGACCGUUGGACUAUUGACAACGUGGCUCUACUGGAGUGGGGCGAGGAGGUGGGUCGCACGGAAGUACGCGUGGGCGCGCCGUGGAACUGGUCGUAUGUUUGCAGCGAACCGCUCGUGCUGGUCAACAUGAGGGACGGCAGUGCGGUCACGAUCACGCACUACCAAAUCCAGCCCUUCAAUUUCAAGGAAUAUAUCAUCGGCCGCCGCAGCAACAGCACAGAUCGCACCCGGUGUUUUGGCCCCGCUGUCAACUGCGGGCCGUACUUCAAUGCCCACAUUCUCGCUGGGCUAAUGGUGACGUUCUUCUGUACAGUCAUACUGACGUAUGGAGUUGUCUCCCUUUACAAUAUAAAUGCGAACAGCAUAUAUGACGAUGCGCAGGGUAAGCCGCUAGUGAUCGUCGCAGAAGGGGGGCGCUAG